CCCUCAGGGGCUCCUCCUCCUCUCCUCGUCAGCUCGGCCUCAAUUUGGGACGACCGCCACGCGUGUAGUAAUCCUUUCAGCCGCGCGGGGACCGGUACGCAUGCUGCUCGGCUUGACGCCGCUGGCUGGCGACGACCAUGGUUAUGGCUUCUUCACCCUGAUAAUGGUCACGUGAGUCAGUCAUUCAUUGUCCUCAGCAUCUGGAUACCCAAGACAGUGCGCCAGGAAGUGCUUCUCUACUGAAUCCACCAUAGACACCUUCAUCAACCAUGUUCGGACUCUUCAUUGCACCGCUCCAUCGAGCGAUCAAGAUCAACCGCAUCGUCUUGGACAACCAGGUGUUCCGUCUCCAUUACAAAGCAACUUCGCUUCUGCUUUUGAUGUUCAGCAUUCUCGUCACAAGUACCCAGUAUUUCGGCGAUCCAAUCGACUGUAUCCAGCAUGACUCCGUGCCGAAAAACGUCAUCAAGACUUACUGUUGGAUCCACUCUACCUUCAACGUGCCGUCGGCGUACAACGCGACCAUCGGCGUCAACGGCGUCCCCCAUCCGGGUAUCCAAAAGUACACCCCCGAUGAAGUCCGCCGUUACUACGGCUAUUAUCAGUGGGUGUGCAUGGUGCUGUUCAUCCAAGCCAUGAUGUUUUACCUCCCGCGCCACAUCUGGAAGUCGUUCGAGCAAGGUCUCGUCCGAGACCUCAUACAAGACCUCGACUGCCCCAUCCUCGAAGACUCGGCGGUGUGUCAGAAGGCGGUGACAGUCGCCCGUUACGUCCGGGCGCACAUCAACAUGCACGGAAGAUACUUCGGAGCGUACGUUACCUGCGAAAUCCUCAACUUCGUCAACGUCAUUGGACAGAUUCUUCUGACGGACGCCUUCUUGGGCAACAUGUUCACCACGCUCGGCACGGACGUGAUCUCGCACCAUGACCUGGACCCUGAAGUUCGAAACGAUCCUAUGGUGUGGGCCUUCCCUCGCAUGACAAAGUGUACAUUCCAUCUGUACGGUUCGUCGGGAGACGUCAUGAAGCACGACGCGCUUUGUCUCCUGGCUCAGAACAUCAUCAACGAGAAGAUCUACAUCUUCGCCUGGUUCUGGUGGGUUAUCCUCGCCACCAUAACGGCAGUCGAAUUGGUGUACCGCGGCUUCACGGUCUUUUUCCCGAUUGUGAGGGAAAAAUUGCUCAUGUACAGAGCAAGGGUCACGGACAGGCGCACAAUUGAGAUGGUCGCAAAGAAGGUUCGGGCGUCGGACUGGUUCCUUCUCUACCUCUUGAGCAAGAACAUGAAUCCAGUACAUUACAGAGUGUUUAUGAACGAACUCGCCAAGGAACUGGAGGACGAGUACGGUAAACGGUUACUGGGUACCGAUUCUACCAAUACCAGUACUGUAUGAGUGAUUGUAGGACGCCAACGUUGACAUUGCUCUCAUUUUUAUUGUAAUUAUUGGGGUAGGAGGGGUUUUAAAUGUAUUGUAGUCCCGUGUCGUACCUGUCUUGGUUGCCUUGAAGGUGCUGCUUUUAGUGAGACUUGUGUGCAAGAGAGUGUGAUGAGAGGUAGGUAUGUCUGUGCAUUUUUUGGCAUGUCUGAUAUUUUCGAUUGCACAAAUUGACAGUUUUUACUACUGUCAUGUGCGACCGAUGGGGGUGUCUUUUUUAGGCAAUCAUACGGAGGAGCAACAUUGUCACUAGUUUUAAUGUGCUGUGUGCACACAUGAGGCAUGCACUUAGAAGAUUGUUCACAGCAUCUAGUACACAAGACUCUUUUAUGGGCUCUGUAUACCUCAAGGCCACACUUUACAAGGAUGCACAAGGUCCCAUGCUGCAGCAGUGAUAUAUCCUGUCUUCCAACAUUCAUUUAGUUUCAACGUUCUCAUUUUUUUAGACAUUUUCAGGAGCUAUGGCAUCUGUUUUCUGUCGAAGUGAUAAACGUGUGUGCAGUAGCCAUGUUGUAUUUGUAUGUAACAGAUCUGUUGGCACUGCACCAUUUUGACACCCAGAGAGGGUGCUCGUCAAGUGACCAAUAAACCAUUGCCUGUGCCGCC